AUGGUUUUGGAACUAGAUGCUUUUAUUUAUGAAUUAAAAAUUCAUUUAUAUCUUAAUUAUUGUAAUCAAAUUAUACAUUAUUUAGAUAUUAGUCAAGAUCCAAAUACUACAAAUGAAUAUCUUCUUGUAAUGCAAUAUGCUAAUGGUGGCGAUCUUCAAAAUUAUCUUAAAAAUAAUUUUAAUAAUUUAACUUGUUAUGGUGUAUUAAUGUGGGAAAUUUCUAGUGAAUAUCCUCCAUUUAAAGAAUUUAAUGAUGCAACUAUUUGUGCUAUUAUUAUUAAUAAAGCUUGUGAAAAUACUAUACCAGAUACUCCUAAGGAUUAUGAAAAACUUUAUAAAAAAUGUUGGGAUCAAGAACCUGAGAAAAGACCAACUAUUACAGAAAUAUUGGAAGAAUUCUCAAAGAUGAGCUUUAUAAAUAAACCGAUUAAAAUUAAUAGUAAUAUGUUCGAAUUGAUCAAUAACAAGUUAAAUAAUAAAGUUAAAGUCAUAAAUUAUGAUGAGUUAAUUGAUUUAGAACCACUUGAUGAAGGCGGCUUUGGUAGUAUCAUAAAAGCAACUUGGUCAAAAACAAAUAAUUAUGCUGUCUGUAAAAGAUUAACUGAUACAAGUAUAUUUAAAUGUGAUGAUGAUAAAUUAGGCGUAUUAGUCAAGGAACCUGAGCAAAGACCAAUUAUUAAAGAAGUAUUGAAAAAUUUUUUGAAGAUGGGCUUUGGAAGAAAGAUUGACGAUGAAACUACCAAAAACAUAAUUACAGAACAUACGAAUAAUAUUUCUGAUCCUGAUUUACAAGUUGGAGAUUCUAUCCAAUAUGUUACCUAUGAUGAAUUAGAUGGGCAAGAUACCUCCUAUGACCAACAACUCGAUACGAAUAUUGACU